CAUCUUGGUUGCUCACUUUCCCCCACCCACUCCAAGCCCAUGGCUUCAAGCCGUCCUUUCCCACAUACUCGGGCUCAGCUUGUAUCCAUCGCGCGCCAGUAUAAGCCUAUACCCUCCGACGCCUUCGAUGAGGCCCUUGAUGAUGAUGUGACGCGUGUUCCCACAGAGCUCGUUGACCAGGUCAUAACCUGCCUUCGUGAUGAGCAAGAAGAUAGUCUGAAGUCUUUGUUGAAGACGGCAUACGGUAUGGACGACGAAAUGGUGGAACAAGCCGUGCUGGAUCUCAUGCACAAGCACCGCGACGAUGAGGCCGGUGUCCCUUUUCUGUUUCUGACUCCGACCAGACGUCCCAUUUCACGCCCCUCGUCGCGCGCAUCUGCUCGGCUUCGCCCUGACACACCUACCAACUCGGCCCCGUCAUCUCCACUCGGGUUAGUAUUUCGGCGUCCCCACACCCCAGUCACGUCACCGCUGGUGUCUGGGGCCGCCUCAUCGUACAUCGCUGCAAAGGGCUUGGAAUACUCCUACGCCAAAUCUGAUUAUUCUCCCCAGUCCUCUCCGGUCUUACCCAGUCACAUCCCGCAGUGGACCGCGAGUCUACCGGCGUCACCUUUGUCCUCCCCGAGAUUGUUGAAUGCCAAGGCAAAUGAAUUCAAGCCAAUUCCUCGUCCCUUGUCGGCGGCAUCGUCCAAUCCGGGCACAUUGCUGCGGGCGGAGACGCCUUCGCCGGAUAUGUGGUCUCACAGCCCUCUUCGCUCCAACUUGGCCAUUGCAGCACCGCUCAUUCAUGAGCGGUCACUGACCCCGAGUUCUUCUUUACGCUCGUCGAUGCUUCUUGGCGACGACAUUGAUAAUGGGAUCGACGACCAGGAGGACGAAGAUAAUGAUCCAUUCAAUCCGUUCAACAACAAGGGGCUCCCUCACACUUUCCAUUCGAUGAACAUGUCAGACCUAGACGCGCAAUGGUCCAACUCUUCCACUUCAAAUUCCUCCCGCUCGCCCGAGUCUCUGGACAAUCUCCCGGCGCACUUCUAUCCUCCGUUCUUGGACGAUGACAACACAUACCUCCCUCCGCCAGAUCAGCCUGUAGGAGUUGAAGUUGAUGCCCAGGUGGCAUUGACCGAGGGAAUGACUCCUUUCGACGUGCUCAGCUCCGUAUUUGGGUCGUCUUUGGCGCCUUCCGAACUCGAAGAGGCACUUACAACGAACGGUUAUGACUUUGAGCGGGCGAUGGCGUGGUUAGUCGACCGGGCCAUGCCUCCUGCUCAGUCUGGCUCCCAAAUCCGUGGACAGAUCCAGCAAAUGGGGGGCAGAGUAACGGUCGUUCCUCGGGACGCUGGUCGUGGCCGAGGUGACCUGCGCUCUCCCCCUAGGUAUGUCAACGGCAGACCGGUCCCAAACGGAAACCGCGUUUGCCGGUAUUUCGUUGCUGGGGAGUGCCUCCGCGCCGAUUGUCGAUUCAGUCACGAUCUGGAACGUGCGUUGUGUCGUUUCUGGCUUCGCGGCACCUGUGCCAAACAAGAGAACUGCGAAUUCCUCCAUCAUCUACCCAAGGAUGUGGACUUGACCAGUCUAAACGUGGCAAUGCAGCGAGCGAACGUUGCCCCGGGAACCGGGCCACUUGCCGGACACCCUGCAGUGAUGGCUGCUGCGGCUCAGGAAGAUUUUCCCGCCUUGGACGGCAGCACAGCGCGUCGAGGCAAUUUCGGAGGGUAUCUGAACGAUCCCGCCAGAACCCGCUUUGCCGCGGCUGUCAAGAAAUCGGCGCCUGCACCGGAUCUGCAUCUUCGUCGGGAAGCCAUGGGGAAUUCUGCAGAUAACCUCUACCAUCGCAGUGCCAUUGUUGCGCCGCGUCCUUCGCCCCGUCUCAAGCUACACGCCCCGACGUUGCUUCCGACGUUGCCCACUGGCGAUGCAGUCAACAACAUGUACAUGACGUACAGAUCGCGCGCUCUCCAGCUCGGUGCUGCGCGCAACGCCUGUUUAUCACGUGCUGCCGAUGCCUGGCGCCGAGGGGAUGGUGCCGCAGCAAAGAGAUUCAGUCGCGAAGGCCACGAGCUUAACGACAAGAUGGCGAAAGAAAUGCGUUCGGCCGCGGAGCGGCUAGUGCGCGAGAGGGCAUCUAUUGUCGAAGAGGCUGUGCGAUCUCGCGAUGCUUCGUGGUCCGACGAUCCUGGCGAUCGCGCUGCCCGUGGAAGAAGCUGUGGAGCCCGUUUUGGUGUCGUUCUAGGUAUUUCGUCGAAGGAAAUCGGCGACAACAAACUCAGUGCCGAGGAGCGCACUGAAGCCAUAGUCGACCUCCACGGUUUGCACGCCAAUGAGGCUACCGAUGUUUUGGAAGAAUUCCUGCUGGCAUUGGAACAGAAAGAACGGUUCUUGGGACUCGCCUACAUCAUCGUCGGAGAGGAGAAGCACACGGGAACCCAGGACAUGGCUAGAGGAACUUCACGGGCUCGGCUUGCCACCGGAGUCCGAGAAUGGGUGCAUCGUUGGGGCUAUCCGUGGAGCGAAAGAGAUGGAAUCAUCUGCGUCGACCCGCUCACUCAUGCUUCCGAGUAGAAUGGAAUCAGUUAAAGAAGACGAUUAAACAAGCCAUGUAUUUGUAGCCGAUGGAAGGGAAUCUAACAAUGCAAUAAUUAACACGCAUGAGCCAACAGAUAAAAUUCAUAAUGGUAGGUAAUCUCGUGGUUGUAAUCAUUACUGGCUGAGGACACUGGCUGCAUCAGAGGAAAUGGCCGCUUUUAUGUCUUCUGGACUGCUGGGAUCCGGCAAACCGGCAUCUCCGUCCCGGACCUGAACAGGCAGUCCAAACACCGGGUUCGUGGGGCUGAUUGGCUCGGCAAGUGAAGACGCAUCGGAGAAACUGUACACCGAAGUUCGUUGUCCAGGUGGCGGUCCAUUGCCUGGCGGUCCCGAUGAAACGCUGGACCGCGAACUAAAGAACCCUGUCAACUUCCGUGACAGCGGUGCUGGGCCGGGUGCUGCUCCUGUGCUCGGCAACGCUGCACUCGAAACGAUGGGAGAACCAGUUACAUCGGGACGAGGCGCCGCGGUCCCAUCACCCUUCCACAACUUGAACCCCCAUCCCUUGUCUUUCCGCGGCUGGUCUAGCCCCGACUCGUCACCCGUCGUCGCAGCCGGCAGUGGAGGCAAUUUCACUUCGGCAUCCAAGUUGGCGCCGACCCCAUUCGCAGCAAUGAAAUCGCGAAGGGCUGCAGCACAAUUCUCGGAAGCUUCUCUCGCCUCGAUCGCUUCGCCUAGCUCGUGUCGAGUCUCCUGCAGUGCACUUUGCGCCGUCUUCAGCUCGUUCCGAAGCUUUUCCAGCUCUUCAUGAUCAUGCGAAGACGAUGACGAUGUCCGUGAGAUGUGUGGCCCGACGUCUCGCGGAGGAGACGCUCGUCCAAAGAACCCAGACGAUCGACGAUUCGCCGAGGGAGAAGCAAAAGUAAGCGACUGGUUCGGAGACGGUGCAGUGAUUUCUAAGCUGACAUUCGAGUCUGAGACAGAAGAUAUGCGUCGAUGUGCGUUGGGACGGAAUGAGUUUCCCGCAAAGGUGCCAGUGAGCGGUGUGAACGACGCCCGUUUAGAUGAUGGGGGACUCAUGGUGAACGCUGUGGUAUUAGCGCGAGACGUGUCAAGCGCCAUGGAGGGCUGGCGUCGUUCCGCUUGUAAUCGCAUCAAGCCGCGUCUGUUGGUGCGAGAUUUAGGGUCCCUCCGCAGCUACAUGGUCAAUGCACGCGUACCUGCUUUCCUCUACCUUUGUCCGCAGGAGAGAUAUUGCUUCUUCGUCAUCCUUAUUCUUUCUCUUAGUUUCAGAAAGUGCCUCAUCCAGUGCCAUCGCCUUGUCGGUGAUGUGCUGCAGAGCGUCUUGAAGCUCGGCCUCACGGGUAGCUGAGGUGGCAAUCAAAGCAAGCAAGUCAUCCCGCUCUCUGGUCAUUCCUGUGAGCUGUUGACGGAGCUCGCUGAUGAUAUGCGCGAGGACAUGCGGGUCAAUGUCGGGCAUUUGGAACCCGGAGGAGCCACCGGGUCUGUGCCGAGGUGGCUCGGGCUGUGGCGGAGGGUGUGAUGGAGUGGAAGGCUGUGAGUCCAUAUUGAGCUGAUGCUCGAGCUCAAGGCUCAAAUCGAUAGAAUACCGGGACCUUUCGGCGGGGACGGCAGCAGAAGGAGGAGAGUCGAAUUCGGGGGUCGUGGCCAUGUCAGGGCAUAUACAGGUUGUCGUGAAGGUCAAAGAAAGGUCGUCCUAAGACGCACCACAGCUUAGAGAACGUCAAAGACGUGGGACGAAAAAGUCAAGGGCGAGUAUGCAGUCGUGUCGUGAAGGGUCGUUUCGAGUCGGAUAGAAAUCACGUGUUUGUCAUCACAAUAGCCCGUUGUUAGGGGCUUGAACAUGACACUGACAGGUACAUUGCAAUCUGAAUCGCUGCCUGCUACAUAUGUACAAUUACACUCUAACUACGCUCAUCGCAAAUCCUGCCGCAAGUCCCAUCGGUCUACAGUAGAGCGCGUGUGCAGCUUACUCUCGAAAUCUGCUCCUCAUGGAAAGCCCGGCAUCUUUUGGCUCACCUCUCGGCAACAUCUCCAUGGCCACCACCACCACCACAUUACUUAUUUCCCGGAACUGCGGACGAAGCAGCUGUCGUUGGUGCUUUCAUUCGACCGCUUCAGGACAUCUGCUCGUCCCAACGGCCGUCAUCUCCAUCCCCCACUCAAUGAUCCCGUUUGGGGUGUAGUUGCUCUUUGGCGCUUCGGUUUCUUUAAGCGGCAAGGUCAAGCUUGCACUGCGACCGCUAUGCUGCAACCACAACAGAUUCGAAAUAUCAAAGGGACGUUGGGAUCCAAUGACCGCCGGUCCUAUUUCAAAUAUCCCAGAAUGGAAAGUGUAUUACCAAAACGGGUGCGGGGAAAGCUGGCGCUGUCCUCG